GUCGGUGCUAUCGGUGCUCCUCGGAAGAUUGGCUUCUCUGCGACGUCAAACUCAACAUGACUCGUAUGAUGGUGGCGCUGAACGUAAAUGCUACAGGGCAAGGGGUAGACUCGGAGGCCAUGGAGCUCCUGAGAGAGUGUGUAGACCGGUACCGUCCCUUACUUACAGGAGCCGACUUGAAAAUCGGCAUAAACGCUGCAAUCGAUCCGCCGCUCGGCCGAUCGCCUUGUUUAGGGGACCUGCCCGGUCUUGCGUCCGGUACGGGCAGUUGCUCGAAAGAGACCACAAUUUGAAGCACUCGAAAUGAAGAGAACUGCAGCGAGCGUCGUCGCAUAGAUUGUCAUCGUCGCCGGCGCAUUUGCCUCCGCCAGCCGCCUCAUCCCGACGCGCCAGUGGCGGUGCGUUGCGCCGCUCUCUGAUUGGGUGAGCGGCGCCCGCCGGCCGACGUCUCCUGUGUCACCGGAAGAAUCUCUGACAGGGGAGACUUCGAGCGCAUGGAUCGGUCGGGCUUCCUGCGUGCCCGUCAUGGUCGCGAGCGAGCGAAGCGCAUCCGCAAACUUCCGACUCACCUCGCCACUCGGCCGACCUGAAAACAUUCAAGCGGCGAUGCGCCAACGGAGGAGCUGCUAUCUCUGCUAUACAUAAGGCCGCAAAUUUACGACUAAUACCCCAGCGCCCAACUCCUCCCGUCAGCUUACCCCAACUCGAUCUACCCGCCCUUUCGCAUCUCUGACAUUCGCCAUGGUCCUCCCUUCUGAGCCCGAGUUCGAGCAGGCUCUUGGCGAGCUUUCCGAGUCCAUCAAGGAGUUCUUGGCCGCCAACCCGUCCUACAAAAAGGCCUUCGAGGUCGUUCAGGUCCCUGAGCGUGUCAUCCAGUUCCGUGUUGUUUGGGAGGACGACCAGGGCAGGACCCAGGUCAACCGCGGUUACCGCGUUCAGUUCAACUCUGCUCUGGGUCCGUACAAGGGCGGUCUCCGUCUGCACCCCUCCGUCAACCUCUCCAUCCUCAAGUUCCUAGGCUUUGAGCAGAUCUUCAAAAAUGCCCUUACUGGUCUCAGCAUGGGCGGUGGUAAGGGUGGCUCCGACUUCGACCCCAAGGGCAAGUCCGACAACGAGAUUCGCCGCUUCUGCUACGCUUUCAUGAGCGAGCUCCAACGCCACAUCGGCGCCGACACCGACGUUCCUGCCGGCGAUAUUGGUACCGGCGCACGCGAGGUUGCGUACAUGUUCGGCGCGUACAAGAAGCUCCGAAACGAGUUCGUCGGUGUACUCACCGGCAAGGGUCUCACCUGGGGAGGUAGCCAUAUCCGCCCUGAGGCUACUGGCUACGGUCUUAUCUACUAUGUCGAGCACAUGAUCGCCAAGGCGUGUCCGGAGUACAGCCUGAACAAGUCCGAGACGCUUGUCGCCAUCUCCGGCUCGGGCAACGUCGCGCAAUACACCGCGCUCAAAGUUCUCGAGCUCGGUGCGACCCCUCUCUCGCUAUCGGACUCGAAGGGCACUUUGAUCGCCAAGAGCACCGUCCGCGGUGAGGGCUUCACCAAGGAGCACGUGGAGAAGAUCGCCGAACUCAAGCUUCGUGGCGGCAGCCUCGAGUCGAUCGCGUCCGAGUUCGGGUCCAAGUUCGAGUACCAUGCCGGCAAGCGCCCGUGGACGCUCCUGCCCAAGGUGCACAUCGCGCUCCCGUCCGCCACGCAAAACGAGGUGUCUGGCGAGGAGGCAGAUGCGCUCAUCAAGGCCGGCGUGCGUAUUGUCGCCGAGGGCUCCAACAUGGGCUGCACCCCGGAGGCGAUCGAGGUCUUCGAAAAGUCGCGUCUGGCGGGCGGGCCGAACGCGGUGUGGUACGCGCCGGGCAAGGCGUCCAACUGCGGAGGCGUCGCCGUAUCCGGGUUGGAGAUGGCCCAGAACAGCCAACGGCUGAACUGGACGCAGGCCGAGGUCGACGCGAAGCUGAAGAAGAUUAUGGCGGAUUGCUACGAGAUCUGCCUCGACGCGGGCUCGAAGUGGUCUGGCGAGCGCAAGGCCGACGUGCUCCCGAGCUUGCUCGUGGGCGCUAACGUCGGCGGGUUCAUCAAGGUCGCCGAUGCCAUGCGCGUGCAGGGCGAUUGGUGGUAGGCGCUUGUCGACCCUGCCUGAAAUCAAAAGGUCGUUCGCUGGGUGAACGACGACCAUCAUGAAUCAACACUGGUGAAGCGAUGUUGUGUACCAGUAUCGGCACUUACUCUCGUGCCGCAAUCUUGUAUUUCUACAUGCGAAGAUACUAUCAACUGUACCUGGAAUAUCUAUGCGCCAAGGAUGUACG